AACUCUUUAUCCUUAACGUCUCUAUUAAUACUCUUCAGGUAUCACAUUGGCCUAUCUUCAAAGUUCAAAGUGUUGAGCAUCCCUUGAGUGUGAGAGAUUCUUUAUCGUCUCUCUUUUGUCUUUCUCCCCAUGGGAAUGGGAAGGACAACUUCGAAGCUGAGGAAGGCCGCAAAGAGACUGGUCUUAGCUGCUUGUCGUUCUCUUUCUCUUCUUCCUCUGAGUCCACGGGGAUCUACAGCUGUUAUAAAGCCAGAGAAUGUUUAUCUGCCCCAUCACCAUGAGGUCCAUGAAGAGGCCAUAGAUAAAGCAGACUCCACUCAUGCUACUUCUACGAUCUUGUGCGCUAUUUGUCUUGAACCUCUGAGUCAUUGCGAUGAUAACUCUCCCAGUGAAGCUACUACAUUCACGGGACAAUGCUCUCACUCCUUCCACUUUUCGUGCAUUGCUUCCAAUGUGCGUCAUGGAAGUGUCACUUGUCCUGUUUGCCGCGCCCAUUGGACCCAUCUCCCUCCUCCUUCCUUUCCCCACCUGUCUGAGCGCCAGCUAGACGACCCUGUUCUUCGUAUUCUUGAUGACUCCAUCGCCACUUCCCGCGUCCAAAGACGCUCGCUCCUCCACUCUGCUCGCUACGACGAUGAUGAUCCUAUCGCCCCUCCUCAUUCCAACACCAGUUACCCUCGUCUAGACUUCUCUUUAACCCCUCUCACAGUUUCCCCCAACUUAGUCUCUUAUCCAUGCUGCUUCCACCCUCUCCAAGGUGCAUAUUCUCCAUUACAAAUGUGUAGAACAUCAGUACUGCCACUGCCACUGCCAGAAGAUUACCACUGUGUGUGCACUUCCUUGGGGACAAGAAGUGCCUAUCUCUCUGUGAAGCUUAAAGAUCCACAACCCAUUGACUUAGUGUUGGUUGCGAGUCCUAGCGGGCCACAUUCUCGCCUUCUCAAGCAGGCGAUGAUAUUAGUAACAUCCUCUCUUCGACCAGUUGAUCGUUUAGCCAUAGUGACGUAUUCGUGUGUCGCAGCACGUGUGUUUGCUCUGAGACGCAUGACUUCAUGUGGAAAGCGGGCAGCUCUGCGAGUCAUUGACCGUCUCUUCUAUACGGGACAAACUGACCCUUCUCAAGGCAUCCUUAAGGGCAUUAAAGUACUCAAAGAUCGUGCAUACAAGAACCCACAGUGCAGCAUUCUACAUAUCUCAAGUAGCUCAUAUUAUCCCAACAGCGUGAUGCAUAGAGGUGUCAUGGUCCAUGGGUUUCACGUGGGGUUAGGUAGUGAGACUUGGAAUGGUUUUGUGUUGCAUAAGUUGGAAGAGUUUCUUGAAAACGUGCUGGGAGUAGUAGCAAGCGAUAUCCAACUGAGAAUCGGUAUGGAAGGGAAUGUUGUUAAAGUAGGCGAGUUGAGAGGCGGUGAAGAGAGGCAAGUGUUGCUAGAUCUUGGUGGGCAUGUCAGUGUUCGUCUCUGCUAUAGCUAUGUGGAAGGAGACAGUAAUGAGUGUAUCAGGAGAAGAGGGGAGACGACGUUGAGCUUGGUUGACGAUAAGGAAGGGAUAGUAACCGGUGAUUGUGAAUCGGCAGGUGCGAGGGAUGAUGACUAUAUGAACAGCAAUAGUGUGAGGAGAAGCAUUAAUACUGGAGCUUGGGACUAUCAUGAUCCUUUUAUGGCCAGAAGGUGGGCAAAGCGGUUGCAUGAAACUGUAAAUCUCUGAUUAUUUUUUUACUUAUAUGUUUUACUUUUCAAAGUUCCAUUCUACACCA